UUAAAUGAACAUGGCGCGAAUUUGUUUUGUCGUCGUCGCUUGUGUUCGUUUUAUCAUCAAAUUGAGAAACGAAUUUAUUUACAAUUCAAUUUGAAUAAUUAUUUUCACAAUGUUAAUGUUUUCUUAACAAUGUUAAAGAGCAUUUUGUUUGAGAAAUUCAAGAGAGAAAAUAUUUUACAAUUUAUGUUAAGAAAGUGAUUUGUUUAUAUUGUGUGAUUAAAAUAAAAGUGAGGUUAGCCGGUGAAACGCGCACGAAAAUGGAGAAAAUGAUUGAAAUAAAUAAGACAAGCUGCAAAGAACUUUUAGUGUGGCGAAUGUUUCUUGCAAUUGUAUUAAGUAUUGUUUUUCAAUUCUUUCUAAUGAGUAGCAUUAUUAUUGUGACAAAUUUAAAUCCCAUUAAUCCAUUUCUUUGGAUGCUAAACACGUGGAAUGUGAUAUUUAGUUUUCGAAUGUGGUGGUAUUUUUUGCUAUUGGCAACGGUCACAUUUCUUCAAGGAUUUAUGUGCAGUAAAGAUUAUUUAAAUCCACCGAAAUAUUUAUCGAAUCGAUUUUUUAUAUUCUGCAGUAUGUUGGGACCGAGAAAUGUUUUACUUUGUACAUUAUAUAUUGUUGUUGGUGGAAUUUUGACAUGGUUGCAUUUAUCGCUUAAAGGUGGACCUUACAGUUCACUUACGAAAAAUUGCAAUAACAUUGAAGGCUUAUGUCUUGUGGAAGAAUAUUUCUUUUUACUUCUUGGUGGUUUUUGGAGUGGAUUAUAUUUUUUUACAAAAUAUAAUAUUUACGCUCUACAAUUUCUACAGUUCUCAAUAAUUCCACAAACAAAAUUUUCCCAAAUCAAAAGAGCAAUACAUGAAUUAUUACCGGGAGCAAUGUCAAGUGCUAUUUGGCCAACUCUUUAUUUCGUAUGUUUUUACUGUUUAUUUGGAGCAUGGUGUAGAACAUUUUUAAUGUAUCUCAUUCCAUUUUCACUUGAGAAUGAGCCAUUGGAUAAAAUUUCAAAUCUACUAAAUAUAUCGUUAAUUUUUUAUUUAUGGCUUUAUUGUUCUCUAUUUGUUGUUAUGGCAAAUACAAUGCAUCUAAUGUUUCAAGCAUCAUUAACCGAAUGGAUUUCAUUUGAUAUUGAACGUCACACUGUCUUUAAUAAUGAAAAACCAAAUAUUACACUUGCCGAAGUUUUAACAAUGGAAGAUAUACCAAUUAUUCGACAAUUAGGAUAUUUGGAUCUUGUGACACUAGCCCAAAAGGAUAAAUCGAGAAGAGCAAUUUUAUUUACAUUAAGUAAACCUGGCGGUCAUCCUUAUAAUUGGAAUCAAAUUAUUGAAAAUUGUCUUCUUGCUAUUAAUGAUUAUACCAUUGAAUUGAAUUCAAUAUUUUCAAUUAAAGAUGUGGAAAAAAAAUUAGAAACUGAAUCAUCAACGGUGACAUCGAAUAUUUAUCAAAAAUCAUAUCAAUAUCAUAUGAGAAGUUUAGUAUCGCCUAUUACAAAAUUAUCAACAGAAACACCAUCUGAAUCAACAGUCAGCAAUGAACAAUUUUUUAUUCGCCUUUACAAAAAUUAUAAACAAAAUUUGAUUACCUAUUUAUUUUCAAAACCAUUAAUUUGUUUUAUAUUUGGUGAACAAUUGGAUAGUAAAGCGCGUCAUGUUUUAUCGAAAAGUCAACCAAUUAUUUGGGCAGCCGAUGCUAUUUCAUCAUUGGCAGUUGCAUCAUUAACUGAAGAUCCCUAUGGAAUUGUACUCAAAGAUUUGCCAAGAAUUAUUGAAACAUUAUUGAGUGUUAAAAAAUCACUUGAUAAAUUACAAAAAGCCAGUUUAGUUAUGAGAAAACCCGUGAGUAAUGACAAAAUACUGAGACAAUGUUUAACGUCUUUACGUAGUGCUACAAGACGAAGUAUUUAUAGAAUUGUUACCACAUUUCAAGAUUUUAUUGAUGAUUUAAAACUAUCGCCUGAAACUGUUGAUCAGAUGCAUUCAUUUUUCACAUAUCGGGAAUAAUAACAAUAAUUUAAGGAUAUUAAUCUUUAAAUGUGUGUAACAAACUUGAUGGAUAUUCUAAAAGAGACAUUAUAGUGAAUAUAAAUAUAAACAUUUAGAAUA